GCUAUUUUUAGAACAGGGAAGCCAUGGCGAACGUGAGGACGUUUGGUCGCCAAGGUGUAAGAGCUUUGAGAUGUUUGCGGUUCAGUCAAAGAGAGGACAUUGCCAGAUGCAUGUGUGGUGCCUUGCUGACUCAACAACCCAGGACAUGUGGAGACCUCAUGCUGUCAGAUAUUCAGAGGCGGCAUCUCUUUUCUUUACCUAAACUUGGUGGGGUGCUGUCACCAUCGAACAAAAGAAAGGAUUAUUCAGAGCGAAGGAUACUGGGGUACUCCAUGGAGCAGAUGUACACAGUGGUUGCUGAAGUUGACCAGUACAAGGAGUUUGUGCCCUGGUGCGUGGGGUCCUCCGUCACACACGCGAGGCCGGGGCAUUGUCGGGCCAAACUAGAAAUCGGCUUUCCUCCACUGCUUGAGAAGUACACUUCGUCUGUGACUCUUGCUAAACCCAACCUGGUCAGGUCGGAGUGUACUGAAGGCCGCCUGUUCAACCUGCUGGUGACGACCUGGAAGUUUAGUCCUGGCGUACCCGGCAACCCCCAGACCUGCACGCUCGACUUCUCGGUCUCAUUUGAAUUUCGAUCCCGCCUUCACUCACAGUUGUCCACAUUAUUUUUUGAUGAGGUCGUGAAGACGAUGGUGAAUGCAUUUCUGAAACGGGCCAGGAGAAUCUAUGGACCUGAAUCUAUCAAAAGCCAGAAGCCUAAAAUAGUGAUAUACAACUCCUGAUGUUGGCUUCGUAUAGGUACCGGGGUAAUUAGGAAAUUGUGAAUAUUGGAUUUUUGUGCGAGCGAUGUCAGGAUUGAUGCAGCCCAGGAGGCUGUAGAGGACGUAACAAAUUCCCAAGCAUGACGCCGCUCUUCGUACGGAAGUCCUGCAAUCUCAUUAAAAUCAGAUCUUAGUUCUCGCUACCGCUAAACAAAGAUCUGAAGACAUCCCAUUUGGGGUCUCGUCAAAAUGACCUUUCAUCCGAUCAAUCAGAGCGUCACUUACCAGAUUUUGAAAGUGACAGUCGGAAUGUGAUUUCUAAUCAUGCAAUCUCGAAAACUUUAAUAAGGGGUAUUCCGAACGUUUGUUACGGGUUUAGCGACUGAAUCCUUACAAUCCAGAAUGUUUUUUUGGUCAGGUUUCAAAUUUGUAAUCAAGAAUUUGUCAAAAUAUGUUUCAAAGCGUAAUCUCCAGUUUGAAAUUAGUGGCGUAAAGCACGAGAAA